UGUCCUAACCCAUCAAAUGAUUAAAAUACUAAUCAAGACACUAAACCAGCUGCAGAAACCACUGUUCUCAAACCAAAACAGCCUCCAAAACCCCAAAACAGAGUCUAGUAUACUAUCUAGAUGCUUCAACUCUUUGAUCCUGCUUCUUUCUCUUUAGUUCUCUUUCGCUUACAAUUCUCGAUCUUCAUUUUCACACUCCCUUUACCAAAUCUUGCCCAUAGUUUUCAAAACCAGCAGUCUUUCCUCGGCAAACCCACCUCUCGAAACUUAUAUCUAUCACCACCUCUAAUGCACCUCAAAACCAACAAUUAGUCAACUCUCUUUUUGGUAUCUUAAACCCAUCUUUCUAAAGUUUCGAUCUUUUUAACGUUUUAACAUUUGUAUUAUUACAUGGAAGCUGCUAAUCACCUCGGCUCAACUGCACAUCCCAGCUCGACACCGGCUCGUGUCCCUGGCAGCGCCUCCACAGGGACUUUGGGCCGCCAUUUGGCUCGGCGACUGGUGGAGAUCGGCGUCAGUGAUGUCUUCUCUGUCCCUGGAGACUUCAACUUGACUCUUUUGGAUCAUCUGAUUGCAGAGCCCGGGCUGAAUUUGAUCGGUUGCUGUAACGAGCUGAACGCUGGAUACGCUGCUGAUGGUUAUGCACGUUCCAGAGGCGUAGGGGCCUGCGUGGUGACUUUCACUGUGGGUGGUCUCAGUGUGAUUAAUGCCAUCGCUGGUGCUUAUAGUGAGAAUUUGCCCGUGAUUUGUAUCGUUGGCGGUCCAAAUUCUAAUGAUUAUGGGACUAACCGGAUUUUGCAUCACACUAUUGGGUUGCCUGAUUUUAGUCAGGAGCUCAGGUGCUUCCAGGCAGUCACCUGUAUUCAAGCAGUAGUGAAUAACUUGGAUGAUGCGCACGAACAGAUUGACACUGCAAUUUCUACUGCUUUGAAAGAAAGUAAGCCCGCUUAUAUUAGCAUAAGUUGUAAUUUGCCUGGAAUUCCUCAUCCAACCUUCACUAGGGAACCUGUGCCAUUCCUUCUUGCUCCCAAUGUAAGCAAUCAAUUAGGAUUAGAGGCAGCUGUAGAAGCGACUGCUGAAUUUCUGAAUAAAGCUGUGAAACCUGUCAUUGUGGGGGGACCUAAAUUAAGGGUGGCAAAGGCGCAGAAGGCCUUUUUAGAGCUAGCAGAUGCCAGUGGGUAUCCAGUUGCUGUUAUGCCCUCAGGCAAAGGGCUAGUGCCAGAACAUCAUCCACACUUCAUUGGGACAUACUGGGGUGCUGUCAGCACAGGAUUUUGUGGGGAGAUAGUGGAGUCUUCUGAUGCCUAUGUUUUUGUUGGCCCUAUCUUCAAUGAUUACAGCUCUGUUGGAUAUUCCUUGCUGAUCAAGAAGGAGAAAGCAAUCAAAGUGCAUCCUAAUCGUGUGACUGUAGGCAACGGCCCUUCCUUUGGCUGGGUAUUUAUGGCUGACUUCUUAAGUGCAUUGGCCAAGAAGUUGAAAAAGAACAGCACAGCCAUGGAAAAUUACAGACGUAUCUUUGUACCUCCAGGUGUCCCUCUGAAGAGUGAGAAAGAUGAACCCCUUAGGGUCAACAUACUCUUCAAGCACAUUCAGCAAAUGCUAAGUGGAGAAACUGCGGUAAUUGCUGAAACUGGAGAUUCAUGGUUCAACUGUCAGAAACUCCACCUCCCUGAGAAUUGUGGCUAUGAAUUCCAGAUGCAGUAUGGAUCUAUUGGAUGGUCAGUUGGUGCCACUCUUGGAUAUGCUCAGGCUGUCCCAAAUAAGCGUGUGAUUGCUUGCAUCGGCGAUGGAAGUUUCCAGGUUACUGCUCAGGAUAUUUCAACAAUGAUCCGUUCUGGACAAAGGAGUAUAAUAUUCCUCAUCAACAAUGGGGGUUAUACAAUUGAAGUAGAGAUUCACGAUGGCCCCUACAAUGUGAUCAAGAACUGGGAUUACACUGGCCUUGUCAAUGCCAUCCACAAUGGUGAAGGCAAAUGCUGGACAGCAAAGGUUCGCACGGAGGAUGAACUGACAGAGGCAAUUGCAACAGCAACUGGAGAACAAAAGGAUUCUCUAUGUUUCAUUGAAGUUUUGGUGCACAAGGAUGACACUAGCAAAGAGCUGCUGGAAUGGGGAUCCAGAGUUUGUUCUGCAAACUGCCGUCCUCCAAAUCCACAAUAAUGAUUUGGUUUUUUUGUUGUUCAUAAAUAAGCAGAUUGGAAAUCCAAGUAACAUGAGCCUAGCUUGGUACCAUGAUCUAAAUCAUAAUCAGAAAUGAUUGCAUGUUUGUAUGAGAUUCCUCAGAGGGUUCUGUCACUCUUUAGUCUGUACUGCUUUUCCUUUCAAGCCAUGUGAUUAUAACCAUUGUAUGAUGUGCAUUAAAUUUUGUGGCGGUUGCAGUAACGAAUUCAAUAAACUAAGUGUGAUGCGCGGCGUUUGCAAUUUUUA